CGGAGGCAUUCGCUCACGUUAUGGAAGCUACACAGAGCGUAGCUUCUGUUAUGCUCCCAAAACAGGACGGACCCUUUUCAUCACCUCCCCAAGAUAUGGUGAUGCACUUGGAUAUGUCUUUGCUGGGGUGGUGACUGAGAGGAAUGACAUUAUUGUUGCAGGAGAGCUGGGAGCAAGAACGAUGUCAAGACAGAAAGACAGAAAUGUCGAGAUUUUCAUGUACAACAAAGAAGCUCAAGGAUCCUGGAAACACUUGAGCUCAGCAGAGUAUCGUGAUUCUUACGCAUUGGGCUCUUUGGGAGAAUACCUCUACCUGAUUGGGGGUCAAAUGAAGCUGAAGAACCAGUUCCUCAUCACCAACAGUGUUGAGCGCUGGUUUCUACAGGGUGGACCAUGGCGUAGCGCUGCUCCUCUGCCCAUGCCACUGGCCUAUCACAGCGUAGUUCGGAUGAAGGGCCGCCUGUAUGUGCUCGGGGGACGGACUCCACAGGUAAUAUACCAAAAUAGCGCAAAUUUGUCAUCUUUAUG